AUUUCAACCAAAAUGUCUGGCCCAGCUGAAUCCAGUGCAGCAGCAUCCGCGCCGGCUGGCAAUGCGCCUGUUCUUGAAGCGUUUGCGCCUUACUUUCGCCAAUACGCCCUUUUGACAGAGUUUAAGCGGUUUGCGGCGCAGUACAUAUCAGGCGUCCUGUGCGUGCCAUCCAGCAAGAACAGCGACGUGUGGGACGGCGUCAUCUUUGUGCGCAAGGGCCAGUACGCUGGCGGCAUCUUCAAGUUCUACAUUCACUUCCCGGCAACAUAUCCGAUGGGCACCGAGCCCCCGCGCAUCGUGUUCCAACGCCCGCUCUUCCAUCCAUUGGUGCAUCCUCAGAGCAACGAACUGGACGUGACUCGAAAGUUCCCAACUUGGAGGAAAAACGAAGAUCACAUUUGGGACAUGCUGCUGUAUCUCAAGCGAUGCUUUUACAAGAUUGAGACGGACGACCCUGCGAAUCCCGACGCGGCCGCUCUGCUGCUCAACGAUGAGAGAAUGUUCCAACAGCGGGUAGACAACUGCGUGUCGGAUUCCAAGAUGCAUGUACACAGCAAAGACGAGUCUGAAAUCCAAUUCUGCGACUGGAAGGACGAGUACGACGCCGAGCUCAAGCACUAUUGGGAAACUGGUAGCUUCGAAGGACCACGAGUGCUGAGCCAUUCCAACCCAACGGGCGAUUCUGCGCGAGUGUAUAAUGUUUAACUGUAAUCUGUUGUCAGAGUGUUGAGAAUGUGCUGUAGCUGUUGUGCCGAAAAAGCAAAGAAAGAAAUCAACUCAAACCACG